AUGGCGGCAGAGGUUCUCAGCUUCAGGGACGAUAGUAGCCAAGAGGAUUGGCAUGACUUCGAGGUUCUGGGCCGAGGAGACGAGCCCAAGAUUCUGAUCAAGAAGACGAGUAUGCAAUCCGAAUCCGAGAGACAAAUCUCGGUUGAUCCGAAAUCGCUAUUGUCAAGAUCAAACUCGAGCUUCGACAUGAUAAUCUCACGUCCGAGAGACAUCAACGACGACAUGGUAUUGUCCCCUCAGCCGUUGGAUCAUCAAAUGACGAAGACCAAGUUUAUGAGCUGUAGCCUCCCAAACUCAGCAGCCACGUCACCAAGACAUAGCUCUUCGAGUCGUAAUUGGAAAGACAGAACCACGGAGCAAGUUCUUGACCUAAUGCUCGUUCAAGACGCUGCCGCUGCGUUUCGAAGAAGCAAAUCUUGCGGCGAAGGACGUGCUUUCACGCCUUCUCUCGAUUUCGACAUGCUAUUGCACAAAUCAAGUCAAACACAUCAUCAUAAUCAUAAUCAUCAUCAUCAUCAUCAUCAUCAUCAUCAGCAUGGAUUCUCUUCUUCUUCAAACGCCAAGAGUCUAUCUAACAAGAGUAGUGGAAACAACUCUUUCUUCUCAAAAACAGAGUCUAGCAAAAGCAACAGAAGCAAUAUCAAUACAGCGAACUCGAAAAGCAUAAGUUCAUUCGAAGACGGAUUCAAAUGCAGCGCCUUGUGUCUAUACUUACCAGGUUUCGGCAAAGGAAAACCAGUGAGAUCAUCUCGCAAAGGAGAUUCCUCGUUCACUAGAACCACGACAAUGACUUCUACACAAUCUAUGGCAAGAACCGUUUCCAUUAGAGACACUACGGUGCUCUCGGCUCGAGCGUCGCUAGAGCGGUUCGAGUGUGGUUCUUGGACCUCCUCGGCUAUGAUUUACGACGACAAUGCGGAUCUUGGUGGUCAUUUUUUCGAUUUGCCAUCGGAAUUGAUCAAAGGUGGUCAAGGAGGGAACGAUCAAGAUGAUCCUGUUUCAGCUGCUUUCGUGUUCGACAAGGAACCUAAUUUGGAGAAAGAAAUCAAAGGGGUUUUGAAGACUUCUGGUUCGAAAUCAAGAAGAUCUAUGGAGUCGCCACGUCACGUUCGGUUCUCAACUUCGUCGCCGGUUUCUUAUCCGACGUCUCCGACUCAUUCAAUCACGCCGCGUUUGUUACAAGCCACCGAAGAUUUCAGUAGUUUCUUGGAAGCUCAAGCCGUGUGA